CCCGUCCCGUCCCGUCCCACAGCCCAGCCUGUGUGUGAGUGUGAGUGCACCGGGAGCCGAUCGCCGCCAAUCUUCCCGGCUGCAGCCCUGAGCCCAGCGAGGGGACCGGCGCUGGUUACCGGUGUGGCUGGCCGCGUGCUAUGGGAUGGACGAGGACGAGCAGGAUCAGUAUGAGGUGCGCCUGAAGGAAGUGUUCGACAGCUUUGACGCCAUCGGCUGCGGGUCGCUGGGCCACGAGGAGCUGACUGACCUCUGUCACAUGCUACAGCUGCAAGAUGCAGCUCCACUGCUGCUGCAGACUCUCCUGCAAGAAGACCUCUCUGGCCGGGUCCAUUUUGAACAGUUUAAAGAGGCACUGAUCUUUAUCUUGUCAACGACCAUCGAAGGGAAUUUUUCGGGCGAGGAUGGCUACCAAGAGCUAGACUCCACCGAGGUGCAGCCCAAAUACGUCAAGGAUGGGAAGCGUUACGGACGGAGGACAGUGCCGGAGUUCCAGGGUUCGCUGGAGGAGGUCACGGACACGGUGACCUCUGAUGGGAGGCAGCCCGAGCAACCUCCGCCUGGCGAUGGCAUUGAGGACUGGAAGACCUCGACUGACGGGGAUGAGUACGAGGCUGAAGGUCAGCUGGGACUCUGGAACCCCGACGAGCUGACGACCCCCCAGACUGUGUGUGGUGCUGACCCCCAGUGCAUGGAGGAGAGGCUGCGGGCGGUGUCUCAGGAGCUGGGAGUCACCAAGGACAGCUUCCUGAGCAGCAACGAACUGAUCUCCAUCUGCGACCAGUGUGGCCUUCAGAACGUCGAUGCACAGCUUCUCGAUGACAUAUUUCAGAAACUGGACCAGGAUGGGCUAAUGCGACUCGACGACUUCCUUCAUGGCAUCUUUAAGAGAUCAGCACCUUCCUCGGCGUCCACUCCCUACCGGCAGCUGAAGAGGCACCAUUCCUUGCAGCCCUUUGACGAGAGUGGACGCCGCACGGCCUGCCCAUCCACCUUGACCAGCACCAUCGGCCUGCGCCUCCUCUCCUGGCUGGACGACGGCUCGGGACACGCCUCGGCCGAGAUGAUCCUCGACGCCUGGCAGAGUGAAGGCAUCGACAACGGCCUGGAGAUCCUGAAGACUCUGGAGUUUGCCGUCUAUGGGAAGGUGAACCUGUCAGAGUUAACCCUGGCUCUGGAGAAUGAGCUCCUCGUAUCAAAGAACGGCAUCCACCACGCAGGCCUGGCCACCUUCAAAAAUGAGAUUAGACACUUGAUGGAAUGUGUUGAUCAGGUUUUAAGGGAAAAAGAGAAGCUUCGAAGUGAUUUGGAGAAGGCGGAGAAACUGAAACAUCUGAUGGCCUCCGAGGUGGAUGACCGACACGCUACGAUAGAACACCUCAACGAAUGCAACCUCCGUAAGGUGGAGCAGGAGCACCAGAAGCGGCUGUGUGCCCUGAAGACGGACGUGGCGAGGGAGAGUGAGCAGCUCCUGCAGCGGACCAGCCUGCAGAGGCUGCAGCUCGAGAAGGAGAUGGAGAAAGUGAAGGCAGACGAAGGGUUCCUCCGCGACCGGCUGGCACUGGCCGUGAAGGAAAACUGUCGGCUGGAGAAGGAGCUUCUGGAAAACUCCGAGAGGUUGUUUGACUCCGAGAGACUCGCAAAGAAGCUGCAGAGCAACCUGGAGGCCGUCUUAAAAGAGAAGUUUGGCGACAUGGACCCAACGGGAGGCCAGUUCUUCCUGCAGGAGGAGAGGUUGUCACGGCUGCGAGAGGUCUAUGAACAGCAGCUCAGGGAGCUCCAGGACCGGGUGGACGAGCUGCAGUCACAAUUACAGGCGGAUCAGGCACCGGGGAAACGCCUGCAGCAGUUGAUACAACCUUCUUUGUCGGAGGAACUGGAGUGCAAGAGCGAUGUGGAAGACGGUGAUGAAGCGUUGGGUCUGGAGGAAUGCAACCAACUAAACCUGAGUCUGGAAACAGAAAUGGCCAUCGAACAGCUGAAGGAACAGCAUCAUCAGGCAGUCCUAACUCUGAGAGCCGACAUUGCAGAAAAGGCAAGUGAACUGGAAACUGAAUCGCUGGUCAUUGUGACCAAUAGACGAGCAUGUACCUGUUCCUGGGUCGGAAUGUACAGUGUGCCAAAUGUCUCUGAUAUUUCUCCUCUGCAGGUAAAUGAUCACAAGGAACAACUGAAUGAGGUGAGGGUCAAAUAUGAAACGGAGAGAGAGGGUUCCAACCAGAUGCACCAGAAGGAGAUCAUAGUGAUGCACCAAGAGGUCACGCAACUCAAAAGCCACAUCUCAGACCUUCAAGGAGAAAUUGAGAUCAUUAAAACGUUGCAACAGUCGGCAGAACGUAAACACAGCGAGGAGCAGAAGGCGUUGCAGGACAGGUUUCACGCAGACAGAGCACAACUGGAGCAGAGGUGGAAGCAGGAGGUUGAGGAAGCUAGCCGGUCUCAGAGCACACAGAGGGAGGAGCUCCUGCAGAGGCUCAACGCCACCGAGACGCAGCUACACGUCCAAAGGAAGGAGCUGGCGGCAGGACUGGCGAAGGAGAAGGUGGAGCUGGAAGAGGCUCACUCCAGGCAGCUUGCUGACGUCACGGAGCGCUUGCAGCAAGAGAGGGAUGAGCUGCAACGGGACCUCGUUCAUCAGAGGCAGCUCGAGCUGCAGCAGGGCAGGAAACGUGUGGAGGAUGAAUUCAACCGGAAGAUCGCUGAGAUGGAAGCCCAGUUUGCGAAGGAGCGGCAGUCGUUCCUCGUUAGGCUCGCCGCGCAAACGGGCGAAGUGGAAGAGAGACUCCAGCAGGCGGUGGCGGGCCUGGAGAGGCAGGUGCGUGAGGAGAAAGGCCAGUGGGAGUUUGAGAAGGAGGAGCUGCUGCAGGAACACGAGGAGGAAAUGGAGGAGCUUCGAGCGACGCUGGCGCGGGAGAAGGCCGCGUUGGCUCAGACGCUGGCCGCGGAGCGGGAGAGGCUGGAGACGACGUGCAAAGACCAGUUCGAUCAAUUGGCCGUGAAACACCAGCAGCUGCAGAAGGAGACGGAGGAAUUGAAAGCGGCGAUGGCCGCCUCCGCUGGAAAGGAGAGUAUUUUGGCAAAUGAAGCCAUCGCCUUGAGGGAGGAAUCGCAGCCACUGGAGCGGUUAGUUGAGCCGGCGGGGGAGGAAGAUCGGACCCCGGCGUGGCCCGGCGGAGCAGCGUCCGAGGGGGGAGAGACCGCGCGGAAAUCGCAGGACGUCCGAUUGGCGGAGAAACUUGGGGUGGCUUGUCAUCGGCCGGAGAUUUCACAGGAAGGAUCUGGAAUUACAAGGAAGGGACGUGGUUCUGAACGCUGUGGUGAUGUGGAUGCUGGGACGGGCAACUUGGAUGAGGAGCUCCCUGAUGAAUCUGAGAUAAACAGCAGCGGGGAGAUGCCUCAGGUGGAGGGAGAACCAGUGCCUCAGACACCGAUGGUGCACGGGGAAAGCGGAAAGGGAAGUACAGAGGUAAGGAGCGAGCAUUUUGAGCCAGGGGUACCAACAGAGGAAUUGGGGAACGAGUUGCCCGACUGCACGAGUCUACUGCAAGCGGAGGAGAUGUUUGAGAGAGAGAAGGCCGAAAUAACGAGGGCGAGGCUUGAACUUGAACAGAGGGUUGAGUUACUGCAGGGCAAGGUCUCCGCGCACACGGACGCAGAGGCGGAGUGGAAGCGCCACGAGGAGGAUCUCCGAUCGGAAAAAGCCGGGCUGAGAGAGAAGAUCGAGGAACUGGAAGAUAGAGUGGUGGAUGCCUCCCAUUUGCAGAGCACAAUCGAACUGUUAAACAGUGAAAAGGUUGGCGCCUCAAGGAGGCAGCUGGAACUCCAAGAAGAGGUUGAGGAGCAGCGGGUGCGAAUGGACCUCCUCACAAAGGAGAGUGAAGAGCGUCAGAAAGAGUUGGCAGAGGCGCGGUUGCGAAAUGCGUGCUUGCAAGAGGAUAAAGCGGCCUUGGAAGAAAAAACUCUGGCGCUCCCAACCCUUGAGAUGUUCAAAAACCAGAGGGUGGAGCUGGAGAGGAGGUGCGAAGAACUUGAAGAGAAGCUGGGGGGCAAAUCAAAGGCUCUCACAGAUCUGGAAAGGGGGAAGGAGGAGUGCGAGAGGGAAGUGGCGAGACUGAAGGCCGUGACCGCAACUCUGGAGGGCAGGGCCCAGCGCCUGGAAGAGGAGGUAGCCUCCACUUCAGACGUCCACAAGCAAAGUUCUCAAUUGCAAAGGGAGAAUGCUGAAUUGAGAGCCUCCGUGGCUGCACUGCAAGAGCAACUCGCUCUCCUGCCCGCUCAGACCAACAGUGAAUCUGAAGCACUCGCCGAUGAAAGAGACGCGCCGGAAACCCAAACGACCACACAAAUGCGGGAGGAGGAAGGAGCAUAUCGUUCACAGAUCCUAGCAAUGAAUGAAGCACAGCAGGAGUUAAUGAAACAAUUGGAGAUCUUGAAGGGAGACAAAAUGAGUGCUCAGAAAAUGAUAGAAGCUCUGAACAAACAGGUGUCGGGGCUGGCUUUGCGGAGCGAGCAGCUGGAUGCUGAAAACGAGGAGCUGUGCUGCAAGAACUCCAAGCACCAGGCGGAGGUGCUGCAGCUCCAGCAGGGUCUGGCCCAGCUCACCCGGCUGAAGGAGAGAACGGCAGGGGGGCGGUGGCAGAGGUGGGAGGAAGAGAAGAACCAUUUCGUGCACGGGAUUGAAGGCAGCCAAUUGUCCAGGUGUAACGAGCUGGGGGAAGAGGUUGCUGCUCUGAUGCACGUCAAUGAGGAGUUGGUGAGAGAGAGGGAGUCGCUGAGUGAUGAGGUGAACCGAUGCGUAAACAAGAUUGCAAAAAUGAACAUGGUGGAGAUGCAGGCAGAACAUCUGAGAGAGGAUUUGCAGGCUUCACUCCAGGAAGUUCACAGGCUGACUGCCCAGCAGAGCACAUGGCAAGAACAGGUGCAGAGACUGGAGGAAAGUUUACAAAGUUUCAACCUCCAGACGGCAAAGUUGAGAUCGGACUUGCGCUUCGCUGAGCAGGAGAAGGAGGCGCUGAGAAAGGAGGUGAUACUGUUGCACAAACAGCUCCAGACCAGCAAGGACAAGACUCAGACGCUGGAGGACAGCCUACAUUGUGCCGAUCUCCGGCAGCGGCAGAAGAUGUCCUACGGCCACGACCUGGCUCAGCUGGUGGAGCAGGAGCAGAGAUUACUGCGGGAGGAAAAUGAGAGGUUGCAUCAAGAGGGGAGGCACACGAGAGGGGAGCUGCACCUUGCCAGGGAGAAGAUGAAACAACUGGAGUCUGCAAUGUUAACUCUCAAACACCAGAAACACUACUCCAAGUCCACGGUGCUUAAAGCAGCUGAGCAGGAGAGACUCUGCAUGAAGAGAGAGUACGAUCAGGUCCAGAAGGAUCUCGCCACGAAGAUGAGCCUCUUGUCCUCGCUUGAACAUGAGCUGCAAGUGGAGUGUGCGGAGAAGGAGAGUCUACGGGCGAAGGUGAUCCAGUUGGAGAGCCAGCUGCUGGGGACCAGCGAGCAGCUGCUGCAAUCAAAGUCCAGCCUGUCGUGCAGCCAGACGCACGCAGCCGGGGAGCUGCAGCAGAUGCGGGAACAGAUGUUGUCCAUGGUGCCCAAGGAACAGCUGGCGCAGCUGCAGGAGCAGCUGCAUGUGAGCGCCGCGGAGAGCAGCACGCAGCAGGAGGCGUAUGAGCAGCUGCUGAAAAAGAUGGAGGAAAGAAUGCAUGAUGUUGAAAAUAAGUUAAGAAAUAUAAAGUUACUACUCCAGGACAAAGUUAUUCAACUCAAGGAACAGCUGUCGAAGAACAUAAAGACAGAUGAAAUGGUGAAGGACUUGUACGUUGAAAAUGCUCAGCUCUUCAAGGCCCUCGAAAUGUCAGAGCAAAGACAGCAGACGACGGAGAAGAAGAACUACCUGCUGGAGGAGAACAUCGCGGGCCUAAACAAACUGCUGAAAGACCUGACCGCCCCCUCGCUGUCUGCAACUUCCACCUGUUACUCGUCGUAACGCAGCCGCUAACUGAAGCCGUGCGCAGCAGGACAAAGCUUGAAACACUACCGCACUUUAUCAAUCCAAUAUUUAGCCCAGUGUGUGCCUGCGUUUCCCACAACGCCAGCAUCUUGGCACUGGGCACUUGCAGAUAUUCCGUCCCCAAGGCUGCGCUUCGAAAGGCUGGGAAUCCUUCAAUCCCUCAAAACGCAGGAGCAACUCAGUGGGUCUGGCAGCAUCUCUGGAAGGGAGGAAGAGGUGGGGGAGGGGCGGAGAGAGGGGAUGGAUGAGUUGGAGGAGGCCCAGGACAGAAAGGUCAGGAUGGGUGUGGGAAGGGGAGUUAAAGUGUGUGGCACCCGGGAGAUCGUGUAGGCCUAGGCAGGCCUCAGUCCUGGGCCUCCUCCAUUGUCAGAGUGAGGCCCAGCGCAAAUUGGAGGAGCAGCACCUCAUAUUUAGCUUGGGGAGCUUACACCCCAGCGGUAUGAACAUUGACUUCUCUAACUUCAAGUAACCCUUCCUCUCCGUCCCUCCCCCACCCUAGUCUCGUACUAGUUUUACUGUUGCUCUGUGGAGUUCCGAUGUCACCUAUCCCACAGCCAACAAUGGACCAUUGUGGGCUCCGCAUUUCCUUGAUUAUCAGUGCUUUUGGCAUAUCUUCCAUUCAUUUCUCCUAAGCACUGCCCCUAUCUCUAGUCUCCCUCUCCCCUGACUCUCAGUCUGAAGAAGGGUCUCGACCCGAAACGCCACCCAUUCCUUCUCUCCAGAAAUGCUGCCUGUCCCGCUGAGUAAUAGCCCUGUCCCACGGUACGAGUUCAUUCCAAGAGUUCUCCCGAGUUUGCCCUGAUUCGAACUCGGAGAUUUACGGUAAUGGCCGCUCGUCGGUACUCGGGGCUCUCGUGGACAUUUUUCAACGUGUUCUCGUGCUUACCUGCCGUUAGCGAGUCUUCCCGAGUACCUGCCGUUAGUGCUACGAGCCGCUAAGAGACGCCCCCGAGCUCCGACGUACCCGCUACGUCCAUUCUCCGUGCUUACCACGAGUUUGAUUUGUUUUUAAACUCGGGGGAGCUCUUGGAAUGAACUCGUACAGUGGGACAGGGCUUUUACUCCUGCUUUUUGUACCUGUGGUUUCAACCGGCAUCUGCAGUUCCUCCCUGCACACAUGUAAACAACUGACUGGUGGUGGGAUUUCUGCUCAACGAUUCCUCGAACAUUGUAGGCCAAAGACUAAAUGCUGUAACCGAGCGCAGAUGAGCCAACCCAAAGCUGUAUGCAAGGAGAUAAGCCAAACAGAGCCAGCAGCGUUCCACCAUUGUGUACAUAUUGACAUCUAGCUUAUUUUUUAACCAAAGUAUUAACUGUGAUAAUUUAACUGUAAGAUAUGCAUUAUUUUUAACUUAUGAAACUUGCAAGCAAGAAUAUAAAGUGGUACAAUGAAGAAGUUUGGGGGGGGGGGGGAAAUAUGUGUUUAUAUUUAUGAUUCUCCUGCGAUGAAACAUGUCACAGUAUUAGUGUUUCAAACUUCCGGAAACCCCAUUAACCUGCAAAAGUACCCGGAGUAUCAUAUUAUCUAAUAUUUAAUUUUGUACAAAAUAAACAUUGUCGUGUACAGAA